AGUACUGGUUGUAGAAAGAUGGUAACGAGUUAUUACACUUGCACUUGGUGCAUACUCUAGUCUAUUUUACUUUAUUUCUGCAUAUCUGGUUAGUGUGGCAGCUAAUUGAGAGAUGUGAAGCGUGAUGGAUCAGUCAAAUAGUGACUUUCAAUGUUUGGUUGAGACAAAAAAUGCGGAGGUUGAGGCCUUAAGAACAAUAUUUGCGGAUUCGUUUAAGUUGAAGUCAAGAAAGAAGAAUCGUACUAGUUUUCAAUUGGAGUUGGUACCUCACCCUGGGUAUCCAGAGAAAAACCAUGCGGCAGUGUUGAUGCAGGUAGAGUUAGGGUCGAAUUAUCCGGCGACGCGUCCGCGAAUACAAGUGAAGAAGUUGAGGGGGUUGUCGAAGAGCGAGAUGUCUGAGCUGUCGGACCUAGUUAGGGAGAAGCUGAAUGAUUUGAUAGGCGAGUCUAGAGAAGUGAUAUACGAGUUGGCGCAGAAUAUUGAGGAGUGGUUGCAGAAGCACAAUGGGCCGAUGCAGUCAUCUUAUGAUCAGAUGAUGUUGAGGAGGAAAGAGAAGUUGUUUGUCGAGGAGGGAUUGCCGAAUGCAGGAGAAGGGGAGACGGAGGAGAGGAUGUUAGAGAUGGAUAGUGGGGAGGACAAGUUAGACGACCGUUUUUUGUUUUUUUCAGACGACGAGAUGGAAGCGGGAUACAGGAGUGGAGUGGAGGUGAGGAGUGCGAGAGGUGAGGAAAUGGAGUCAAGUGGAGAUGGCCAGGCGGAUUUUAUGGGGGAGAGUACGGAGACGAAUGAAGAAGGUGCUAAUGAGUUAGGCGUUGAUUUUUGGAAAUGGCACAAUUUAAGAGAGCUGUACCGAGGAGGGGCAAAAUGUGUGUUUAAAACGGCUAUGCUUAAUAUGAACACACGUCGGUUGGUGACGAUGAAGACCUACACAUUACCUGACGUAUCUAGUCCAGAAUUGUUGAGGCGCAGACAGGAUGUUUUUGACCGUUUGGUUGAGAGAGUGAAUGGCAUGAGCAAGCAGUUGAACCACGAGGCAUUGGUGCACUAUGUGGGAGCGCAGUACCAGCCGUCGGAGAGGUCGUUUUGCGUGGUGAGGGAGUAUGUACCGGGGGCUGUUUUGGCAGUGUUGAAUCAGAAGGGGAAGUUUGAGGAGUAUUUGGUGAAGAAAUACGUGAAGCGAAUGAUAUCGGCGUUAGAUUACCUGCAUGGAGAAGGAGUUUAUGGAGUUGGCUUGAAAGUGUCUAAUUUGUUUGUGAGCGACGUUGGAGAGUUGAAGGUGGCUGACUAUUUGGGGAAUUUGAUUUUUGAGAAGUUGAAUCAGGGGUUAGAGCCUGAGUUGGAGGGUGGUUGGAUGAUGGGAGGAGGAGGCGAUCAGAGGCGUGCGGAGGAGGCGAGAAGGGACUUGGUGGAGUUAGGAUUGACUAUUUUAGAGAUGAUAAAUGGGCGUCGAAUAGAUGAGGAGAGAGAAGCUAAAGAGGGUAAGUUAGAACAGAUUUGGAAGGGGCUUGACAUGGAGUUGUCGUUGAAUGCCCGUGAUUUUCUAUCUAGGUGUUUGAACAAUGAGCCUGUUGAAAUGAAGAAGUUACUGGUGCAUCCAUUUUUGAAAGACGAGGACAUGAUAGACGAGUCGGAGGUUUUUGUGCCGUUGUCACCGACGUUUGGUACUAUGGGAAUGUAUUACUCUUCUGAUGAUUGGCUAGACUCGGCGGAGGGGGCGAUCGAUUACGGAAAGAGGCGCGGUUUGGAGUUGGAUUCUCUGAGCGCAUUGGCUUCGCUUCGAGAGCAAGGUGUGGCUUCUGACUCGGCGCGAGAGGAUUUUCGGCUCACGUUUCCCAUGUCGCUUGCGAAGGCACCAGAAGGGCAUUCUAAGUACCGCACAGAGUUCGAGGAACUUCACAUUCUUGGAAUAGGCGGAUUCGGACAGGUAGUAAAGGCUAAGAACAGGUUGGAUGGAAGGUUGUACGCCAUCAAAAAAAUUUUGUUUGGACGGACAGACUCUUAUUUUGUCGAGAAACUGUUGCGAGAGGUGACUACGUUGUCUCGUUUGAACCACCCGAAUGUAGUUAGGUACUAUCACGCGUGGAUAGACAAGGCGGACGAGGUGGAUAUGGCGUCGUUGGGCCCGAUCAUGGAGGAGGAGGAGGAGUCUAAGUCGGUGGAGAAAAAUGUGGCGGUAUUAGGAUGUGAUAGAGAGAGGUCGGAGGGAGAGUACGUUUUGGUGUCCGGCGACACAGCGGAGGCGAUGACGCAUAUGGACGAGGAUAUAUUUGGUUUGCAGUCGUCGAGAGAUGUGUAUGCGUCCCCAAGUCGGGUGAGGGAGAAGAAGAGGUUGAUUCCUCGUCAAAGUUGCCGAAUAUUAUACAUUCAGAUGGAGUACUGUACGGAAAAGACGUUGAGGGAUUUGAUUGACAUGCCUCAGAGUGGAGAGAAGGGAGUGGUAGAGAUGUCCGAAGACCAGAGAUGGAAGUUGUUUCGACAGAUUGUGGAGGGGCUGAAUCACAUUCACAGUCAGGGGAUUAUUCAUCGUGAUUUGAAGCCGUCGAAUGUGUUUAUAGAUUCCAGUGGGGAUGUGAAGAUUGGCGAUUUUGGCUUGGCGGUAACAUAUGGGCAGAGGACGGGGACGGACGUGGCGCACUGGUCGUCUUUGAAUAGUCGAGAGAAGAGGAAGGCGCAAUGGGGUGAGUUGACGACGGGGGUGGGUACGCCUUUGUAUUUAGCGCCCGAACAAGAUUGUGUUGGAGUACAGUACAAUGAGAAGGUGGACAUUUAUAGUUUGGGGAUUAUUUUUUUUGAACUGUUUACAUCUUUUUCGACGGCUAUGGAGCGGACUUUGGUACUGAAGCAGCUUCGCCAGAAGGAGAUCAAGUUGCCCGAAUCUUGGCCUGAGAAUCAUCCAGAGAAGACCAAAAUAGUUAGGUGGUUGUUGGCGCAUGACUCGGCUGAUCGUCCUACGACGGCAGAGCUUCUCCAGAGCGAUUUGUUGCCGUUGAAGUUGGAGCAGAAAAUGCUGAAAAAGGCCCUAAAAACCAUUACUGAACCCAACACGGUCAUGCAUUCGCUGCUAAUUCGGAGGCUAUUCAUGGAGCCAUCCCAUGCUGUGAAGGAUCUGAACUACGACGUGACGGCGAACAUCGUUCCAUCGUCUAUUGAUUCUCGCGUUCGAGAAUUGGUUUUGAAAAGAAUUUAUUGGGUUUUUGAUAAUCACUCCGCAGAUUUUGUGGAGCCGCCGACGUUUUAUCUGCGCACGUUGGUGACCAAGCAGAGGCAUGCUGUGCACGUUUUAGACACGAAGGGUCGCAUUUUCACGAUUCCAUUUGACUUGACGUUGCCGUUUGCGAGAUAUGUAGUGUACAAGGGCAUUUGGAGGAUGCGUCGAUACGUGGUGGGCAAGGUAUACAGGGAGUCCUUGGUGGGUCCGCCUAGGGAGUUAUACGAGUGCGACUAUGACAUGGUUGGUCCAUACUCGCACAGGUGGGCGUUGGUGGCAGAGGUGAUGAGCGUUGUUGUGGAGGUUUUAAACGAAUUCGUGUCUGAAUUGGGUCCGUUUUUGAUUCGCCUUAACGACUACAGGAUUUUGAAUGCCAUCUUGUCUAUCUUGACGGAUAACCCGCACACUCAGCGCAAGAUCAGGCGGGUCUUGGCGCCGUUCUGGCGCAAGAGACAGCCCCAGAAGGUCGUCGAGCAGCUUUUGAGCGUGCAGGGAUUGACAGCGAAAUCAAUUGAGAAGUCCAAGCUGGAGCGACUUCUCGAGAUUGUCAGGGAUUCCGAUACCGACAUAGCUGAGUCCAUUAAGAAGGUGGAGCAGCUUUAUGCGGAUUGCAAGCCGAUUUUGCAAUAUCUCCACGAAUUGAGACAGUUUUUGUGCUAUUCAACUUUGUUUCAUGUGACGUCUUAUCUACGCUUCGAUAUCACUUUCAUUUACAACUACGAGUACUACUCCGAUAUCGUGUUUCAGGCAAGUUUGGUCGAACCCGACGUUUUGGCCGCCGGUGGCUGUUACGAAGAACUUCUCCUCUACUUUGAACGCGAAUACGAAAACAUUGACCCGAAUAGUUGUAUACAAACCUCUGACUCCAUUCAUCGGCCUGGGUUCUCUUCAAAGAAAACCAUUACUAGAACCGGCGCAGGUGUCAACAUCGCUCUUGAUAGGCUCAUCACGCUUGCUGGAAACUUUUAUAAGCGCCACCCUUCUCUCAUAAACGAGUCCUGUCUCACUUCGUCUUCCUUGGAUGCGCAUAUCUAUUCUACCGUACAAAUUCCGGAUGGCAUUGUUUCUUACUCUUCUCUUCUCCGAGCGGCACUGCAAGACAGAAUUCAGCUCCACCUCAUCCUUAAGUCCUUUUCUAUCUCCACCGAGUACCUUUGCGACGAAAACUGGUCCCUUUCUCAACUAGUCAAGCACUGCAAUCGGCAUCACGUCUGUUGGAUCAUCAUCAUCAACGACCCCCCUGGGUCGAAGCCGAUCACCGAGCGCACGUAUGUUGUUCUGAAAAAUCUGGAAAAGCAAACCGAGACCACUCUGACCGUCCGAGAAGCUUCGAACCACAUUCUGAAGGAAAAGCAAUUUCACCAAAAUUCCACAGACUUGAAUGACCAGCUUCCCGAUUCGCCUCAAUCUAAGCCAGAUUCAGACACAAAAUCUCCGUCUUCUAUCGAGCAACCUCACCAUGCCGUCCUGGACUCCGUCGAAGUCGAAAUCCUAGGAGAACUUGGCAUGACUUUAGGUUCUAAAGGCAAGCGCAUCCUCAUCAAAAAGUGCCAAGCCUGUCUCUCCCAGUUCCUGCCGUAUCUGUCUCACCAAAGUGUCAUACGAAUUGGCUCUAUAGACCUUCCCAUCUCCACAGUGCGAGACGUGUGUACCACAAUAGAAUCUAUUGGCGGCGACUUUCACACACUCCUAACAAAAUACCCCAAAUUCCGUAGCCGCAUCACCGUGCUCAAAGAAUUUUGCUUCAAGGCUCGACGCGAAUUGCCCUACGCAUUCUUAUACAGCUCCCUUGAUGAUGAACUUGUAUGGACGUUCUUUCGGCGACACCAGAGAAACCCUUUGACUAUCAAACAAUAAAAAAAAAAAUUUCAAAAGUGCCAAAGGCCAAAGCUUCUUCUCGGCAUUAAUAGCUGUCAUGUCCAUUCUCUACUCGAUUCAAUUUCGCCGUGCUGUUUCUCUCUCUCUGAUCGCGCUGGCAGUUGCCAAGUCUGCCUUCGAGUGCUUCCUCACGUCUGCGCAGGUGGCCUCUUUGGUCCCUCUGGAUGACCCUUUUUCUGUUUUCGUGGUACAAAAUGUCAUGAGAGAGAUGCGGCUCGACUCAGACGAAAUCCCCCACAUCAAGCUGUACAUCGGCGAGCAGAACAGAUGCAUAGGCAGUCGUUUCAGGUACUUUUCGAGCCGUUAGACACCACCCUUCCCUGAGCAUCUGUCUCAUAUUUCGCUGCAGUUAUCCUUGCGCCGCCAUAGAGCUAGAACCUUGGGUGAUUCAAGGUCUGCUCAGCACCUCUUUCAGCCGCUUGGAUCUGAAUGCCAAGGCGUUAAGACUCAAGGCCUUUCGAUCCAAUCCCUUCCUCCCCUUGGAACUCGGUCUUAUGUACCACCCAUUAUCGCUGGAGUGCCGAGGUAUCGUCGGUCACGAAAUCGCCCACUACAAAUUGAAUCACAGCUUGAAGGCUGCGCUUCUUCCCAGCUGGCUUUUGUUGUCUUCUCUGAUUUAUAUCUAUUCUCCCAAAGUUUCCGUUCUUCCUCUCUUUGCCUACUUGUACUCCCUUCACGCGUUUCACCAGAGGAGCGAGCUAGAGGCCGACACGUACGCCGCUAAGGCGCUCGGACCGGAGGUGACGAACGCUCUCAUAUCCAGGCACCGCGCGAAAAUAGCCCUCAAGGAAGCUCGUUCUGGAGCGUUCAUCCGCUGGAUGAAGGAAGACCUUCCAGUGUGGUUGUUCCACGUAUCGCCUGAAAAA